AAUAUUCAUGUUUAAAUUGAGCUAAUGUAAUGUUAAUGCUAAUGUAGAAAUUGAAAAAGUUUGAGUAUUUGUGAAAUAAAUCAUUACAAGAAGACAUGAAAUGGAAAUACAGAUGGAAUCCAAAAAGAAGAUGUGAAAAAUGUCUUUAACAUGCUUUAUAGUUUGGGUCCCAAGUCCCUAUUUCUUUAUGCAAAUUUGACCACAGGCUUCUUCUUUUCCUUUCGGCUUGUCCUGUUAGGGGUCGCCACAGCGUGUCAACUUUUUCCAUUUUAGCCUAUCUUCUGCAUCUUCCUCUCUAACCCCAAAUGGCCUCAUGUCUUCCCUCACCACAUCCAUAAACCUUCUCUUUGGUCUUCCUCUCGCUCUUUUGCCUGGGAGCUCCAUCCUCAGCAUCCUUCCACCAAUAUACUCACUCUCUCGCCUAUGAACAUGUCCAAACCAUCGAAGUCUGCUCUCUCGAACCUUUUCUCCGAAACAUCCAACUUUGGCUGUCCCCCUAAUGACCUCAUUUCUAAUCCUAUCCAACUUGGUCACUCCGAGCGAGAACCUCAACAUCUUCAUUUCUGCCACCUCCAGUUCUGCUUCCUGUUGUUUCUUCAGUACGACCGUCUCUAAUCCGUACGUCAUGGCCACUGUUUUAUAAACUUUGCCCUUCAUCCUAGCGGAGACACUUCUGUCACAUAGAACACCGUGCAGUGACAAAAGUAACUUGGUGCUUGAGAACAUUUUGAAAACUUUAACAGAUAACCCUUUAUUGUUGCCAUAGUUGAUCUCUUGCCUUGCGGCAGCCUGCAGUGAGCCUAAGCUAUGGAUGGGUGAUGACAUAUUCAUGGCUUCACUACUAACACACUACAAAUGUAUUCUAUUUUUCCACUUUACUGCAUGAUAUCUGGACCUGAGUUAAGUUGGCAGCACGGGGGCCUUGUUGGCUCUCAUGGGAAGUCCAGUACUGUAUUCCAUUUGUUCACUGACACGCCAAAGUAGGAGGUGAUGUCACUGCAUGAGGACCAACCGCCCUUUACACCUGAAGAGAGGGAGGGGCCAGGCUGGCUUUGACGAGGAGGAAAAACAAGGAAGUGCUCACAAGCGCUUCAGUCAGUAUGGAUGUUCCCGAUUCACCGCAUGGGAAUAUGGGACUGCUGAGGACAUUUGAUUCCUCCGAGUUCUGCAGCUGGGAGAAAAUCGGCUCAGGUGGAUUUGGACAAGUCUACAAAGUCCGGCAUGUUCAGUGGAAAACAUGGCUGGCGAUCAAGUGUCCUCCUUGCCUUCAUGUGGAUGACAAGGAACGAUCAGAGCUGCUCGAGGAGGCCAAGAAAAUGGAAGCAGCCAAGUUCCGAUACAUCCUGCCCGUGUACGGUAUCUGCGAGGACCCUCAGGGUCUGGUUAUGGAGUACAUGGAAACAGGUUCCCUGGAAUCCCUACUGGCUACAGAGCCGCUGCCCUGGGAGCUCCGCUUCCGUAUCAUCCACGAGACUGCUGUGGGGAUGAACUUCUUGCACUGCAUGAACCCCCCCCUGCUCCACCUGGACCUGAAACCUGCCAACAUUUUGCUGGACGCCCACUACCAUGUCAAGUUAUCAGAUUUUGGCCUGGCUCGCUGGAACGGUCUGUCACGGGCAGAUGACAUCAGUAGAGACGGCUUCUGCGGCACCAUUGCCUACCUGCCGCCUGAAAGCAUCAUUGAGAAAGACAGAGUGUCCGACACCAAACACGACGUAUACAGUUUUUCCAUUGUCAUCUGGGGCAUCCUCACUCAGAAGAAACCCUAUCAAGGAGAGAAUAACAUCUUGCAGAUCAUGGUGAAGGUGGUGAAAGGGGUGCGACCAGAUCUUGGUUCAGUGCCGCGUAACCGUCCUACCGCCUGUACUGGCUUCAUGAAUCUAAUGCAACGCUCGUGGGCAACUAGUCCUGAGGCCAGACCCAGCUUCCAGGAUAUUACAUCUGAAGCAGAAGAUCUGUGUUGUAAACCUCAAGAGGAGCCCAAGACUCCGACCUUGCCAGCAUCAGAGUCGAAGCCAACUUCCUGCGACGAGCUGUCUCUUCAUCAGGUAAUGGUUAAAAACAGUAAGACGGUACGUCCAAUCUCAGCCAUGCUCCCUGAUAAAGACUACAGUCUAUCCGAGCUGUUGACCCAGGUGGAUUCUGGGAUCUCGAGGAGUUUUGAUCGACUGAAAGAUGAUAGCUGCCACAGCAAAGAUAACACUUGCAAGAGGCUGUCUGGCAUGUCCUCUGCAGAUUCAGCCUUCUCUUCACAAGACUCAAUAACACUCUCUUUUGAGAAGGAAAGCACCAUUGAUUCCGCUGAGGUCCACAAAAGGAAAUUAUGCGACGCGAUCCGAACAAAGGACAUUACUAAGCUGAUGAAGAUCCUUCAGCCGCAGGAUGUUGACCUUGUCCUGGACGGAGGAGGCAGCCUCCUCCAUCACGCCAUCACCUUGGCCAAUGAGGAAGCUGUUAAGUUCCUCCUGCUGAACAAUGCCAAUCCCAACCUCGCUAAUGGCCGUGGGUCCACCCCCCUCCACCUGGCCACUGAGAAGCACUUGAAGCCCCUGGCGGAACUUCUGCUCAGCCGGCGGAGCACCAACGUGAAUGCCCAGGAUGAGGACCAGUACACUGCCUUGCACUGGGCGGCCCAGAACGGCGACGAGGCCAUGACGCGCCUGCUGCUCGACCGGGGGGCAGCCAUCAACGAGACGGAUGGUCAGGGGCGUACACCCGCUCACGUCGCCUGCCAGCACGGCCAGGAAAAUGUCGUCCGUGUGCUGCUGAGCCGCGGCGCCGAUGUCCAAAUCAACGGUAAGGACAAGUGGACGGCGCUGCACUUUGCCUCUUGGCAGGGUCAUUUGGGAAUCGUGAAACUGCUGGUAAAGCAGGCGGGCGGCGACGUCGACGGCCAGACGACGGACGGCCGCACACCGCUGCAUUUAGCUUCCCAGAGGGGGCAGUACCGGGUGGCCCGAAUCCUCAUCGAGCUCAAGGCAGACGUUCACAUGAAAACCUCAGAGUUAAACACGCCCCUGCAUGUAGCAGCAGAAACCGGUCACACCAGCACGUCCCGGCUCCUGAUCAAACACCAAGCGGAUAUCGACGCCGAGAACAGUCAAGGAUUUACUCCUCUCCACUUGGCCGCCCAGAGGGGCCACCUGGCCACAGUCAAAAUGUUAUUAGAAGAGGGGGCUAAUCCUCAAAAACUGACCCGGGCCCAACACAGCCCAUACCGCUUGGCAGCAGACAGCGGCCACUGUGCAGUUCUGAAAGAACUGCUAAUUCACUCUCCAGAAGGGGGCGCUCUGUCAAAUGAGUUCAACACGUUGCACCUGCCAGACGAGAGGGGAUAUUUGCCAGAGGACCCCCAGGACUUAAUUAGUGAAAGCUUGGCGCCGCCUGAGCCCGAGCGGCUACCACGGGCAAAGUCACUCCAGAGGAGGGUCGUCAUUCUCAAACUGACAGAGCGCAAAGACAGUCCGCAGGCGACUGCCUCACAGUGUGCACCAGCUUUGUGCUAACUGGAGCAAAAACACUGCUGAAACGGUUAAAAAAAAAAAAGACAAAUGAUUUCAAUGAACUGGUGGUGCCCAUCUGGUGCUGAACACUUCAAUGCGGUAGAAUAUGCUAAACGCCCGCUGUUGGCAUUUUAUCAUGCGUAGAAAAGCUUCCAUGUAAAUAUGUUUAUUUAUGACCACAUUUAGAAUUUUUGUAACUUUUGUAACCCUCUUAUUUGUAUUUUUUUUUCCCUGUUGCAGCACAUUUGGUGAGAUGUAAAUCUGAUAUGGAAGCACAGAUUUGUGGACCUUUAAAACAGUAGGUACGUUUGUCGUGCAUAGUGGAAGACAAAUCUUUUGUUGUGAUUGUGUUCGAGGCAUUAUGGAUUUGUUUUUUUUUUUAAGGUCUGACAAUGUUGCAUAUCAGUGCUACAUCGGGGAACCCAUUAAAAAGAUGUUUAUCUUUUAAUUUA